CACGUGAUAUCGGCACGGUGGGGGAGUCACGUGAGGCGUUGGAGGGGGUGGAGUCCACGUGACUCGCGUAAACAGCUGACGGCGGGAGAGAGGGAAGCGGGCGCCACUUUGAAACAAUAUUUUUUUUAAUGAAAUAAAAAAAACACAAACACAACAACACACAAACAUUUAGAAGAUUUGUUUUUUUUCCCGAGAAGUCUCCGCCGUCCCCCUCGACCUCUCGCGACGGCAUCGGCAGCAGCAGCGGCGGCGGCGGCGGCAGCGUCUCACGCGAGCGCGCCAUGUUCGAGACGUUCCGGGAACGGCUCCUGAACGUGCAGCAAGACCUGAGCGCCGGGCUCAAGACACUCAGUGACAGGUCGAAAGAUGUCAACGUGAAACGGAAGUUGAGCAAACAAGACGAAUAUGAUCCUUGCCUGAACGCAGGCACUGAGUUGCUGAACAGAUAUGAGGACAGCUGGUCGGAGCUGCACAGACAGGCCGAGGCCUGCGCUAGGCUGGGAGAGGGAGUGGACGCGCUGGCCACCGCCGUCUCGGCCUCGUGGGAGCAGCGCUGCUUGCGGCUUGCCGAGCUCACGGCCCAGAUGCGUCUUCUGCCGUCGGUGGUGACUCAGCUGGACUCGCUGCUCGCGACGCUCGGUCAGCUGGAGGGAGAGUGCGAGGAGCUGGAGGACCGGCUGGGCCACCUGGAGGACAUGUGCGAGGAGUGCGAGCUGCGCAGGGCCACGGAGCAGCACGCUCGCGACGCACUCGCUUACGAGCAGCGCAAAGGCCCGAUUGAAAAGGAAUUGGAGAAAGAGCACGAAGCCUUCAAAAUGGAGCUGGAGGGGGAGCAACGUGCGCCGUAGCUGCGAGGCGGAGCGGUCGCACGCGCUGCGUCUGCGCGAGCGCCAGCGCUUCUUUGAGGAGGCGUUCCAGCAGGACGUGGAGCACUACCUCUCGAACCGGCGUGCUGCAGCUGCACGGCGCGGGAGGCGGCA